AUAAAAACCAGCUAAAUUUGACAGAUCUACUAGCUUCAACAUAUCUGCCAGAUAUAGUAGAUUUGGUAGAAAUAGUAGAUACAGUAGAACUGGUAGAAAUAACUUAUAGAGUAAAUAUGAUCACAGCAAUAGAAAAGUUCGCAGUGAAUUAG